UUGACCCAAAAAAAUGGAGCUCAAAUUAGGUUAAAAGAAUUAGUUCUUUUGAAGUUUUCGUAAUCCCCUUUAAAACCAUGGGAUUUUGAUUUAUGCAAAAAUUCUCCUUUUCACUACUCGAGGAGCGGUGGAUUAACGAUUCCCAUAUACAAAGUGUCAGCGAUUGAAUAUAUAUGCAUGAACUCUUUGUAUUCUCUCGUCUUUGAUUGUGACGAUCCUAUAGUUCUUCGCGUAUGGGCUUCUAGGAUCCUAAUUUACUCCGAUUAAAAUAAUCAAAUCGCAGUUCUAUUUCGUUUUCAAGUUAUGGGCUUUUUGAUGUACUAGUAGUUGUUUUGCACGCGAUGGAUGAUUUCAUUGAUGUUUUCUUGAACGAAGAACCGAUAGAUCCCUCGGUUGCUCAGGCGAAUGAGUCGCAUGAGAGAGUGGAGGAGAGAAUUCGGCAGCUGCAGGGAGUUACAUAUCGCGCGGGGGAGCGGCAGAGGCAGAGCCAGCGCUGCGAGCGGAAUCCUGUGGGGAUUAGGGUUGUUUUCAGUGAUGCAUUGGUUAAUACGGAUGUUGAGAGUGGAAUUCUUGUUGAAAAUGAUGGUGUGGGCACAGUGGAUAAGGCUAGGGAAAGCGGGUGUAAAAGAGAUCGAUCACAUUUGGUUGGGGAGGCGUUGGCAUUGGCUAUGGAAUCUCCAGCCAAGAAGGGGGAUAAGGAGGGUGGUAGCUUGUAUGAUUGUAAUAUAUGCUUGGAGCUGGUCAGGGAUCCUGUGUUGACUUGUUGCGGUCACUUGUUUUGUUGGGCCUGUUUUUAUCAGGUGGAGUACGUAGAUUCGCGUUCUAAAGAAUGUCCUGUUUGCGAGGGAGAGGUGACUGAUGCCAAUGUCAUUCCGAUUUAUGGGAACAGCAGUGGGGGUAGGGGUGAGGGUGAUCGUGAUCGUGAGCGUGAGCGUGAGACAGCGUCUUGCUUGAACUUGAAGGUUCCUCCACGGCCUAAAGCUCGUAGAAUCGAGAGAGCUAGGAAGCGGGGUUGAUGUUUGUGUGUGUGUAUCAUAUGUUGCUGUUGCAGAAAUGGAGGUAGGGCAAUCACUCUGAGAUUGAAAUGAAGUAGAGCUAUUAUCAAGGGAAAAGGUAGAAAAAGGGUGUGGGCAGGCCUGAGAAGGACUUGUGGGACAAAUAUAAAGCAGAAAAGCAACUCAAUCAGUGGUGCAAUAAUUGGUCAUACACUCAUACCACUGGAGGACUGCCUCUUGCACUUGUCCUCCCCACCCCCUACCCCUAUUCCCUAAUAUAUAGAUACAUACAUACACAAAAUUUGCUUCAAAGUGGGACUGUGGAUGCAGCUCUCUUCAUGCCAAUGAUUGCUCUUGUUGGAGACUUGUCCCCUUCACACUGUGCAUCACUUUGCCCCACACUUCACAUGCUGCAUCUGCAUCUGCAUCCAUCCAUACAUACAUAUGUGUACAUAGCCCUUUGUUUAAAUUUCAGGUGUCUAUAUUGAGUGGUCUUGUAGAAUUUUCUUUUUCAACUAUUUGUAAUUAGGUUGAUGCCUAAAUGGCUCUUGACUACCUUUUUUUUUCCUUGUAAUGAGUUGAAUAUCAUUAAUUUUCGUCUACUUUAAGAUUGACAAAAUGUAAUUACAGUUAUACAAUCCAAAUGAA